ACAGCUGUGCGCCCGUGUUUUUCGCCCAUUUCCAGACUGUGUUUACAAUUAUCUAAUCGUAAAUUAAAAUAGAGCCAUGUCCUGGCUAGGAAGUGCGAUUCAGAGGCUAGGCAGAGCCACGCUCCUGGCAGUGGGUGGAAAGCACCCAGCUCCUGUGGCAUCUACGAGCUCCACCGUGCGGCAGUUGUCCCACGCAGAGCGCCGAGCACGCGGUCCCACUGUGCGGCGUUACGGCUACGAGGACAAGAUCUUCAAGAGCGGACUGCUGCCCCAUGUGGACAACGGCCACAAGCUGCCCAUGCCCGUGUACCGGCCGAAGAACGCCUGGUCCAAGAAGCGCGCGCUGUUCGGCCAGAACGACUACAUCGACAUUCUCGGGAGCGAUCGACUGCAUCCGGUCAAGGUCCUCUACUCCCUGCCCUCCUGGCUGCGCGGCGUCUCCGGCAACGAGUACCAGGUGCUGCUGCGCAAACGCCGGCUGCUCGAGAAGUCCAAGUAUCCGGUGGCCCGGCCCACCAAGUGGCGGGAAAUGGAGAAGCGCAUCCUCUACCUGUACAAGUUCCUCAAUCGCAAGACCAAGACGGGCUUUUCGCAUCAGUAGACCCAUUAGGAUCAAAUAAAAUGUUUUGUUUUAAUCUGA